AUGUCUCUCGCUCAGCAUGUUACUCAAGAAGAGGGCUUUGACCACCAAUUGCCAACGGAUCGUGAUAACCAGAACGGGCACAGUAUUGAACAGCGAGUGGCAUCAGUUGAUGCGGGAGAGGAGAACUUGACGGAAUGGCGAAGAAUGAGCUUCUCGCCUGGCGAUUUCAAGCCCCAGAGCCAACCGCAUACGGCGGCUUAUAAGGUCUCUGACUGGAAACGAGGAGUUCAAGUAGCCACUGCCGUAGUGGCGAACUGGUUUGCCUCAGGAAUUGUCUUCGGUUUUGCAGCCCUUAAACCUGUCUUGGUGGCCGAGGGUGUCUACCGUGACUCCUGUGACGAUUACGGACACGAUGGACCAGAAGCAUUCGCCCAUCUUUCCCCCAGAUACAUUCCAUGUCCCAGGCAAGAGAUGCGGCUGAAUUUCAUCUUCAUCACCGCGACCAUAACUACCAAUAUCGCUUGCCUGUUAUCCGGAUUCACUCUCGACCGUUUCGGCCGACGAUCAUGUUGGAUCAUAGGGUGUAUCGCGCUAGCCAUGGGCAGCAGCUUGAUGGCAGUGUCCUUUGCCACUCCCGGUCUCAAUGGGUAUAUUGGCGGGAGCAUGCUUCUGGGGUUAGGAGGGACCUUCUUGUUCGUUCCUAGCUUCGAGCUUGCCAAUGCGUUCCCCAAAUAUUCCGGGCUUGUGGUGGCUGUCAUCACUGGUGCCUUUGACGCCUCGGCUUCUGUGUUUCUCUUCUACCGGUUGGCCUGCGAGGCGUCUGAAGGGAGAUUCUCGCCGCAGCAGUUCUUCUUCGCUUAUCUUCUUGUGCCGGCCACCAUCCUCGUUGCUGAGAUUCUCAUCAUGCCACCACAUUCGUACCAUACUACGGCAGAAUUAGCAGCCAAGAUUGAGAAAGCUCAGGACGAGACGCGUGAUGCCCAUUCAUCUGAUGGAGAAAUUGCGGAUGAUAAUCUCUUGGUCAGGGUUCAGAGUGGACGCUCGGACAGGAGGACAAAGCUAGAUCAAAUCGAGGAAAUAGUCGGUGAUGCCCAACAUCGAGAGGCACGCGUCAGGGUUGAAGAGGAGAGGCAGGGCAACAGUGGUGUCUGGGGCAUGCUUCACGGAAUGCCGGCCCAUCGGCAAAUGCGCACUCCGUGGUACGUACUGAUUCUUCUGCUUACGGUUCUUCAGAUGGUCAGGAUGAAUUACUUCAUCGCUACGAUUCGGUCGCAGUACAGAUACAUGCUUGGGAGCGAGGAACGCGGUCAGCAGAUCAACCAAUUCUUUGAUGCCGCUUUGCCCAUUGGCGGCGUUUUGUCGACUCCCUUCAUCGGUCUACUGCUCAAUAACCUUAGUGUCCCCACGACGUUCUCUAUCCUGACCGUGUUCAUGGUGGUGAUUGGGGUCUUCAACUGCAUUCCCUCCCUUUGGGCCGGAUAUGUGACCGUUGUGGCCUUUGUCAUUUUCCGGCCACUUUACUACUCCGCGAUCUCUGAUUAUGCAACCAAGGUGUUUGGGUUUGCAACCUUUGGCCGCAUAUAUGGGACCCUCAUCUGCUUCUCGGGGGUGGUAAACUUUGCCCAGUCCGGACUGGAUGCGCUCACCAACGGGCCUCUUGGAGGGGACCCGACUCCAGUCAAUGCAGUUUCAGCCGGACUGGGUACCAUGAUAGGCAUUGCAUCAACGGCGUUUGUCGCUGUGAAGAGCAUGAGGCUCUGCGAUACAUGGACCAAUGCGGAUGAGGAGGAGGCGGAAUCUCUCUUGGCCGAGGGAACUGGGGGUUAUGGGACAAGCGAGGAAGCCAACCGCCCUUGA